UAUUCGAUCGGUACUCUUUCAACCCCAAAUCGUCGUCGUCUGCGACCGGGUUCUCGAAAUCAAAAUUGUUCUUUUCCUCAAAUCAACCAUCGCCAUGGUUGACGAAGCUCAUUCCCGAAUUGAUCCUAUAACCCCUCAAAAUUACCCCGUGCCACUGUCCCCUCAGCUGCCCCCCAUUUCAAAGCAAAUUGAGAUUAGGAGGGCCAUGUCUGCUUCUUCAAAAUCCAGCCUCUUUGUUCUUUCAAGAGCGGACAUUCUGUACGAUGACGAAUGGGUCCUUGCUAUCAAUAAGCCUCAGGGUAUUUACAGCGAGAGUGUGCUUUCCUCCGUCGCUUCAGCUCUCGCUCUACCCUCUCCCUCGGAUGGACUCACUGAAGGAAUUAAAAGCAGCUUGCCAGAGCCAGAGCUUCAUCUUGCUAAUCGACUUGACCGUGACACAAGUGGUGUCAUGGUCAUAACAAAGUCCCACAAGGUGGCCGCUAAACUAGUCAAAGCAUUCACUGAUCACAAGGUCAGGAAAACAUAUAUUGCCCUCUGCGUUGGUUCAGCCCCACAUUGGAGAAAGAUCACUGUAAGAUCAGGUCACGGCAGGUCCAAGUUCGGUGCCUGGCGGGUGUAUGCUGCAUCAGAUGUUGGUCGGACGUUGCCAGGUGGGUCAGUAGUCCGAGAUAUGGAAACUUCAUUCGAAGUAUUAUCAAUAAAUGGAAAAGGGAGUUUCAAGGAGGCCUGUGAAUUUUCAAACGAUGAAGGAUCUAUUAUGGUUGUGGAACAAAGAGCUGACAGAAAAGAUGUUAUGGAAGAUGAGAUAUUGGUGAGAGCAUAUCCUCGAAGCGGAAGGACUCAUCAGAUCCGCCUGCACUGCCAAUAUCUUGGAAUUUCUAUAAAAGGGGAUGUGAAAUACGAGGGAGUCCAUGAGUGGCAGGACAAAACUUAUGAUGCCCAUCAACUUCAUGCAGAAAGCAUGUGUUUUGAGCAUCCUGUUAUUGGUAACCGGAUUGUUCUCCUUGCACCCCUGCCGUUGUGGGUCAACCAAGCAUUGCAGCUUUAGGCGGGGGUAUUUUUCGGGCUGGGAAGAUGAUAAUGAUAAUAAUACAUGAUGUUUAAGCAAGUCCUCUCGGCCUCUCAUGAAUGAGGGUUUUUCUUUUAAACAGAAAAAUAGUCUCAUGUCUUUCUAAAAUCAAUGAAUGUAUGAUGUUCUUGUGAA